GGUGGGUGCCGCGUGCCGCGGCGGUUGCGGACGUUGCGACCGUUGGCGGGCGGGUCGCUGUGCGGGCGCUGAGGGCGCUGCGCAGACGGGAUGGAUGGAGGAGCUGGGGCUGGCGGCUGCGUGUGCUCAGUGCUUUGGCUUCCCGCAGGACGCGGAUAACGCGGCGCGCUGAGGUGGUCGGCGGCCAACGGAGCCCUGUGCUGAGGGGCGGCGGGGAGCGCUGAGCAGCAAGGGCGCAAUGAUGGAUAACCGUUUUGCUACAGCGCUCGUAAUUGCCUGCGUUCUCAGCCUCAUCUCCACCAUAUACAUGGCGGCUUCCAUUGGCACUGAUUUUUGGUACGAAUACCACACCCUGUCCCCAGCUGAGAACAUUACAGAGGCUGGCAGGAGCGUCUGGGAAGAAUUUGUCAGCGAAGAGGCAGAUGAGAAGACUUACACAGAUGCGCUCUUUCGGUGCAACGGCACAGUUGGGUUGUGGCGGAGGUGUAUCACUGUACCCAAAAACUCUCACUGGUACAGCCCACCAGAAACUGAUAUGACUACAAACUGCAUCAGUUUUUCCCUCUCUGAUCAGUUUAUGGAAAAGUACAUAGAGCCUGGAAAUCACAACAGUGGCACGGAUUUGAAUCGGACUUAUCUCUGGCGAUUGCAGUUUCUCCUGCCCUUUGUCAGCCUUGGUCUCAUGUGCUUUGGAGCUCUGAUUGGGCUAUGUGCAUGUGCCUGUCGCAGCCUGUACCCUGCCAUCGCAACCGGCGUCCUCCAUUUCCUCGCAGGACUUUGUACGCUGGGCCUGGUUGGCUGCUAUGUAGCUGGGAUCGAGCUGCUCCAUAAGAAGCUGCCCCUGCCUGACGACGUGAGGGGUGAAUUCGGCUGGUCCUUCUGCCUAGCCUGUGUCUCGGCACCUCUGCAGUUCAUGGCGGCCGCUCUCUUCAUCUGGGCAGCUCGCACCAACAGGAAGGAAUUCACUCUCUUGAAAGCGUACCGUGUAGCAUAAGUACUGCUGCCUAAGUGUUAGGUUUCCAUGUUAUAGCCUCUUCUCCACAUGGCCCUGUCUACUUUUUUCUUCUUUUAUUCAGAAUUUUACCUUGUACUGCGUUCUUCUUGCCUGUGUAGCCUGCAGGACCUGAAGACAAAGACCUCUGGGCUAAAUGACCAAACUCUGCCAGAAGUCUGCAGAACUUUAACAAUUUUUUUAAUUGUUUUUUUAAGAAUUAUUGUUUUUUAAGCUUCAUUUGGUUGUUGAAUAUCCCCUUGGUUAGGUGUACACGCCCCUUACUCAUUUUAUUUCCUUGUCAUCCUGGAGGAAAUGAGAGGAGUCAUGAGGAGGAAAUGAGAUAGGAAUAGAUGCAGGUAAGCAAUGGGAACUACAGAGCAGAAAUAAAUAAUCAGGAGUUAUCUGCUAUAUGACCUAUGGAGAGCACCCAAGAGACAUGGGGGAGCAAAGGUACCUUUGUUGUGGAAAUGCUGUCAUUAAAUCAGUGCUGUAGCUUAGCUGUGGAGAUCUUAUUCUCACUAGCUCACUACUUGUGGCUUCUGCUGAAACUGAUGUAGGCAGGGCAGCUGGCUCUGGGAGUGCACAGCACGCCGUCCUACGUGGAGAAUCCUAAAUGGAGAAUCGGUGCUGCUUUUGCUAUGGAACAGGAGAAGUUGGGGUCCCCGCGGAGCUUUGUGCUGCUCUAACUGCACUGCUUCCAGGGCCCGGGAUGGUUCGGUAUCUGCACUACAUGUGAUUGUGCACUCUAAUCCUAACGUGCGGUGCUUUUGCUUGCUGUGAAAUAAGGCUUUCCUCUCCCUUGUGGUGUUGAAGAGAACCCCUUGCAACCUUCUUCAUUUUUAAUUUGGUUUAGUGUAUGUGUGUAUAUGUACAUAACAUAAACGUUUUUUAAAACUCACCUAUUUAUCCUAUAUAGCACACAACAGGGUUUUUUUAAAAGGUGCUGCUCAAUUCCCACAUUGCCCCAAACCUAUUGUUUAAAUGAAAUAAAACAAUCCUCAGA